AAAAAUAAAAUAGAAGGAUUCAAAUUACAAUGAUCUGAAAGCGACCCAGAGAAAGUGUUGAUUGUACAACAGCAACGACAACCAUGAAAGGAGUAGUUUUCUCGCCUACUGACCGUUGUUUCCUUACUACCAAAUCCCAAAAUCCUACAAUAAACCCAAUUCAAUUCAUCAACCAACAACCUCAAAUCCAAAACCCAUCAACAAAACCAAACCAAUUCCCAUCAUUCACGGCUAAAUCAUCCCAAAACCCAGUUGUCCCAAUCACCAAGAACACUCCACCAUUGGUUGUAGUUGGUUCAGCUAAUGCAGAUAUCUAUGUUGAAAUUGAAAGGUUACCCAAAGAAGGGGAGACAGUGUCGGCCAAGAAUGGACAGACUCUUGCUGGUGGUAAAGGAGCUAACCAAGCAGCUUGUGGUGGCAAACUUUGUCACCCAACUUACUUUCUGGGUCAGGUGGGUGAUGAUGCCAAUGGGAAGCUGAUUACUGAUGCUUUAAAGAAUGAUGGGGUUUGUCUUGAUUAUGUUAGGUUUGUUGGGGAUGUGCCCACUGGACAUGCUGUUGUUAUGCUCCAGUCUGAUGGCCAGAACUCUAUUAUUAUUGUUGGUGGUGCUAAUAUGAAUUCCUGGCCUGAGAAUUUGAGUGAUGAUGAUUUGAUGGUUGUGAGGAAUGCUGGUAUUGUUUUGCUUCAGAGGGAGAUUCCUGAUGAUAUUAAUAUCCAAGUUGCAAAGGCUGCAAAGCAAGCAGGCGUUCCGGUCAUUUUGGAUGCUGGGGGAAUGGAUGCACCAAUACCCUCAGAGUUAUUGAACUUUGUUGACAUCUUGAGCCCAAAUGAAACUGAACUUGGUCGUAUAACUGGAAUGCCAACCGAAAGCUUUGAACAGAUCAGUCUGGCUGUUAAAAAGUGUCAUGAACUGGGAGUGAAGCAAGUCCUAGUAAAACUCGGAGCCAAAGGAUCAGCUUUAUUUGAAGAGGGGGAAAUUCCAAUUCAACAACCUAUUAUAUCUGCCGAAAGAGUUCUCGACACUACGGGUGCCGGAGAUACUUUUACUGCUGCUUUCGCUGUGGCGCUAGUGGAGGGCAACUCUAAAGAGGAAUGCAUGAGAUUUGCUGCUGCAGCAGCUUCUCUAUGUGUUCAAGUGAAGGGAGCAAUCCCUAGUAUGCCUGAUCGAAUAUCGGUUCUAAAUCUUCUUCAGACAGUUUGAGGAUUUUGAUCGAUAAAUUCAUGUCGGAACCUAUUUCGGAAAUGGUAAUAAAAAUGUAUUUCUUGGAAGCCAAAAGGAAAUUAUAUUACAAGAUAUAAUAAUGGCAAUUGUCUCGAUGGUUACAUUUUUUUACAUUUUUAAGGGCAAGAGUGGAGAUUAAAAUAAUGUCUUCUGAGUGUUCUGUAAAUUAAGCAAUUCGGUUAGAGAACUUGUAACAAAAAAACCGUCAAUAAAUGGAUUGAUAUAGACCGUUGAUGAGGAUGGAUCUCAUAAUUAACGUGAUUUCAUCGUGUGUACAAUGAUUGUAUUCUAUGUAAUAAUUACUUAUUUGCUUA